GUGUAUGGACUUCUCCAUACCACCAUGGAGCCAGAGAACCUCACGUGGGUAUCAGAAUUUGUCUUCUUGGGACUCUCCCAGACUCGAGAGCUCCAGCUUUUCCUGUUUCUGGUGUUCUUGUUUGUCUACACCACCACUGUCGUGGGAAACCUCCUCAUCAUGGUCACGGUGACCUCAGACACCCGACUCCACACACCCAUGUACUUUCUGCUCCGAAAUCUGGCUGUGCUGGACCUCUGUUUCUCCUCUGUCACUGCCCCAAAGAUGCUGGUGGACUUCCUCUCUGAGAAGAAGACCAUCUCCUACCAGGGCUGCAUGGCCCAGAUCUUCUUCUUUCACUUUCUGGGAGGUGCCAUGGUCUUCUUCCUCUCUGUGAUGGCCUAUGACCGCCUCGUUGCCAUCUCCCGGCCCCUCCACUAUGUCACCAUCAUGAACACUCAGCUCUGUGUCCGACUGGUGGUUGCUGCUUGGGUAGGGGGAUUUGUGCAUUCCAUUUCCCAACUGGCUCUGAUGCUCCCGCUGCCUUUCUGUGGCCCCAACAUCCUGGAUAACUUCUACUGCGAUGUCCCACAAGUGCUGAGACUUGCCUGCACUGACACGUCCCUUCUGGAGUUCCUCAUGAUCUCCAACAGUGGGCUGUUGGAUAUCAUCUGGUUCUUUCUCCUCCUGACCUCCUACUCUGUCAUCCUGGUGAUGCUGAGGUCCCACUCUGGGCAGGCGAGGAGGAAGGCAGCUUCCACCUGUACCACCCACAUCGUCGUUGUGUCUAUGGUUUUCAUUCCAAGCAUUUACCUCUAUGCUCGGCCCUUCACCCCCUUCUCCAUGGACAAGGCUGUGUCCAUCAGCCACACGGUCAUGACCCCCAUGCUCAACCCCAUGAUCUACACGCUGAGGAACCAGGAGGUGCAGGCAGCAGUGAGGAGACUAGGGAGGCGCCGGCUGCUUUGUAAAAGGGAUCUUGGACAAUGAGUAGGUCACUUCUCCCUGGCUUGCUUUUCCAUUUGUGAAAUGGAGGGAGAGCUACUGUUCCUGCUGUCUUCACAGCUUGUGGAUACGUUGUGGAGGUCAUCACAGAAGUGACUGAGUUCUGAAACUAAGCACCUUACUCUGAUUCUUCGGAAAAAGGAACAAGUCCUGUUUGGUGGCUAAGGUUUAUGCUGGAGUUCUAAAACUCCUGCUACAGUGAGAAGUUCUCAUGGCUCCAGAAAGCCACCCUUCUUUUCUCCUUGGUGGAUGGUUUCCCCUUACAAGAAAGGUAUAUCCCCAGUGAGAGCAGUUCUAGUUUACGUGUUUUCCCAGCCACUUUUGGUCUGUGUCCAAACAUGUUAGAGAAAGCACAGGCCUUUGAAGACUUAGCCCUAAACUGGGAGCCCCUGGCCCAUUUGUCACCAGACUGGUGACCUCGGAGAGGCCACCUGGCCUCUCUUGAACUCGUGGAUUCCUCUGCACAGGACUGGCAUGAAGCAAUAUCUGUCCCAACAAUCUCACAGAUUUGU